AAGUCAGAUUAUGAUGCUUGAUCCAGCACCAGGUGUAAACAAAGCUUAUUCUCUUAUGAUGGCUGAAGAAAGUCAGAGAAUCCUUGGUAAAUCGAGCACAACAGGGAGUGAUAACUCUGUUUCAGCUAAUGUUGGUGGAAUAAAUGAGACUAUGGCAUUUUUUAGCAAUGGUAAAGGACACAUGCUAAGAUCAGGAUCUACUUCACAGUCAGUGUCUAAUCCUCCUAUGGGAGCUGGUUUUAGAUCUAAUCAGAAACAAUUUAACAGUAAUAACACUCUUUACUGUGAUUAUUGUAACUGGAAGGGUCAUGUUCGAGCUAAUUGUUACAAUUUACAUGGAUAUCCUGCUGAUUGGAAAGGUAAAAGGAGAAACAAUACUGCUUCUGUUUCAGCUAAUCAUGUAGGAUUCAACAAUACUCCUGGUUUGCCUAUGCAUCAUCAAAAUACAACUAAUGAGUCUUGUUCCUCUAAGGUUCAACCUACUGUAUCUUCUGGUGUUUUCUCUCAACAGCAGCAGUUACACUCUCAUCAACAACAAUUUCAUCCUCAUUUCUCUCCACAACAGUAUAUGCAGCUUUUGAAAUUGAUUGAGCUAGAGAAUGUCAAGAAUAAUUGUGAUAAUGCUACUGCACAUGCUUCAGGACCUCUCAAAUGGGAAUGUGAGGGGGACUGGCACACUGGAGAAUGAUCUAUAUGUGAUUCAUGUUGAUACUCAGUUCAAGACUCAGGGAACUCAAAUAAAGUCUCAGCAAACUCAAGCUACAACUGCUAAUGUAGUUUCUUCUCAUAGAACUUCAAAUUUGACUCUGUGGCAUCAAAGAUUGGGUCACUUACCUGUUAGUGUACUAAGAACACUUAGUUGUUGCAAGCAUAUGUCUUCUUCCUUUAUUGAUAUAUGUACUGUUUGUCCUCUUGCUAAGCAAGUCAGAGUACCUUUUCCUUUAAGUACCACUACUACACCAGCUUGUUUUCAUACAUUACAUGCUGAUGUAUGGGGUCCCUAUCGAGUUCCUACUCAUGACAAUAAAAGAUAUUUUCUUACUUUGGUAGAUGAUUACUCUAGAUAUACUUGGGUGUUUCUGUUGAACUCUAAGUCAGAGGUUAUUGUAGCCUUACAAAACUUAUUUCAAAUGCUUGGCAAUGUUUUUUCUAGCACUAUCAAAGUGUUGAGAUCUGAUAAUGGUUGUGAGUUUAUCAAUUCUCAAGUUUCUGCUUUACUUACAACAUUGGGUAUAUUGCAUCAGAGUUCUUGUACUUAUACUCCACAGCAAAAUGGGGUUGUCGAAAGAAAACAUAGACGUAUUCUUGAGAUGGCCAGGUCUUUGAGAUUUCAAUCUUAUCUUCCUCUUAAAUUUUGGGGAGAGUGUGUUCUUACUAGUGUGUAUUUAAUUACUAGGAUACCCUCUAAAAUUCUUAAGGGUAAAACUCCUCAUGAAUUGCUGUAUAACA